UAUGCUACAAGACAACGGAAAAAAAGGGAAGAAGAAAGAAAAUAGAGAGGCGCGAAAGGAGAGGCAAGAGACUCGAACUACUACCGAACAAUCUGACCUCUUCCUUCUUCUCUAACACACAAAUUCCAGUUCCAAUUUCAAAUGUCUCAUUCCAUUUCUUCUUCUUCUUCAACGAAAUCAACCGGUAAAUCUAACCGGAAACUCAAUUAUUUGGUCGGCGAUGUCAUGGCUCAGAUCGGCGGUGAGCAAAGCUGUAGAAGUUGGCGGCGUCGGCAACAGAAAUAUCUCUCGCAAUCUUCGUUACUACGCUGAUUCCGUCGUACAACAAGCCAGUAAUGCCGUUUCCGGUGGUGCCAAGUUAUUCCUUGAUCGCUCUGGGUCUCGGAGUUUUCAGAAUUUUAAGCAAACAGUGAAAACAUUAGAAGAACUUUCUGUUUCAUGUAGAGGUGUAGAGAGAGUUCAGCUACUACGAAGAUGGUUAGUUGCUUUGAAAGAGAUUGAGAGACUAUCACUGCCUCUGCCUGUUAGUGAACAUGUCUCUUCCCCAAAGAGCAUUGAUUCUAUUUAUACCACCGACAAUGACAGGAGUUCUCCUCGUGAGCCAAUUUUGGUUUUAUAUUAUGAUCCUGAUCUCAGCGGAGAACCAUUGAAUUUUAGAGAUGUGUUCCUUAGCAGUCAAGCUCUUGAAGGCAUGAUACUUUCAAUGAUUCUUGAAGCACCUGAUACAGAAGAAGUCUCUUUACUUAUGGAGAUAUUUGGGCUAUGUCUUACGGGUGGGAAAGAAGUUCGUGAGGCAACCAUGAGCAGUAUAAAAGUUUUGGCAAAAACUUUCUCAAGCUAUAAAGAAGAAGUGCUGGCAAAGAAGGAAGAACUGCUUCUCCAUGCACAAGGUGCAAUUGCUGGACUGAAAAUAAAUGCAGAUAUAAUGAGAAUAGAUUCUGAAGUCUCAAACAUACAUCAAAAACUAGACAAGGUGAUAUUACAACUGCCUUCAAGCAAACAUGAAAAGGACUCGUCUAGUGUAGCAACUAAUGCAACGUCAGAGGCAUUGAAAGAAGCACUCUCCCAGCUUCAAUUCUUAUCUAAGAUGGAAGCACUUUUAUUACAGAAGAAGGCUUUGCUCGGCAGGGACGUUCCUGAAAGUCAGUCCAAAAGGGUUUUUAAGUUGAAGGUUUUAUCAGAGUCUCUUUCAAGCUCUGCUACAAAAACUGAAGACCGCAUUUCAGAGAACAGAAUCCAAAAGGAAGGAGCUCUUAAGUUCCGUAUAACAAAAACCGGCGAGAUCUCCCAGCUUGAGAAGGAACUUGAGGAUGAAAUUAAUGCGCUUGAGAAUCAGAGAGAUGCACUUGAAGCAGCUCUGAAAAAGGUCAAAGUUGCACUGGUUUCUGCAAAUGCCCGUCUUUACAAUGCUAGGGAAGAAAAAGAGCAGUUUGAUGAAGCUAAUAGUCAAAUUCUUCAACACUUCAAAGUGAAGGAAGAUGAGCUGUCUAAAUCGAUGACCUUAUAUAGGGCAGAAGCAGAUGUUUGUGAUGCAUUUAUUAGUUUUUUAGAGGACUCCUGGACUUUUGAGUCCUCUUACAUCAAACAAAAGCAGAAGCAGGUCAAUGAUGAAUUGGACAAAUGUGAAGAUUAUUUGGUGAACUUGGCAAUCCAUGUCUUAUCAAUGUACAAGGAUGAGCUGGGGCCUUCUAUUGCAAACCUUAAGGAUUUUGCAGAGAACUUGAAACGGCCAGAAAUUAUCAACAAUGAGAAGGUAGAAACAGUUGAAGAGAAGAGAAGGUUGGAAGAAGAAUACCUGAAUGCAGAGGCUAAGUUAGUUACAGUGUUCAGUGUAGUGGACGGCAUAAAAAGACAAUUUUAUGGGCAAGACGGCACGAUCUCUAGGAAAGGUGAUCAGAAACUGAAAGAGUUACUUGAUACUCUUCAAAAGCUAGAAGACGACUUUGAAUCCAUUAAUCGACCAACACUGGAAAUUGAGACCCUAGCAAGGAAGACUGAGGCAAAAUCAAAAGAGACACUUGAAAGCUCUCCUUCUUCAUCUCCUACGCUGCCACCAAACGAUGAUUCUGCAUCCUUUGUGGAUGCUCUUCCACGAAUCCAGACACCAAGGCCUGACCAUACGUCCAAUCCAGAAACGGUGGUACUUACACCUAGGCGAUGGAUGAGAGAGAAUGUCAGAAGAAGUCUCUCAUUAGCUAUUAAUCAAACAACAGGGACGCUGGAGUCCAGUUUCAAGUCGCCAAAACAUCGGAAAGGGAAGUCCUUGGAUCCAGCUGUUGAACUUUCUAGGUUGAAGCUCGAGCUGGAACUCGAGAAUGAUAGUAGAAUACACCCUUCUGAGGAGAUCAACGACUGGGAAUCUGAUGUGAUUGAUAAAGAAAAGAUUACAUUUUAAAUGAACCUCCCAACUACAGCAGACAGGUUCCAAUAUGUACCCUUUGGCUACCUUCUUGAGACAAAAGAUGGCGAAAACUGCCUAUAGCCUGUUUUUCUUUUAACACUGAACCUUGGGGAUAACCUCUUAAAUCACUUUACACUUAGUUUUUCAUGGUAUUAGAUGAAUCUUUUGUACAUAAAAUACGUUGUUGUUAUGACGUCCGUAUUUAAUUCAGGUGUACACAUGGAUUCUCUGUA